UUUAAAUGUGAUCAAUGUUGCUUAAUGACUAUUCUUUGCCUCAAAAAAUUCUUUUGAAUCUUUCCAUGAAAUAGUAACCUAUAGCUCCUAUUUAUAUUUAUAUUUAUAUUUUUUUUCCCAUUGAAACAAAAGGAGGAAUUCUUUCUUCUUCAGUUUGGUAGUUUGUUUUUUGAAACAAACGUAUGAAAAUGGAGAGGGAAAGCAUGGAAGAAGGGCUGUUAACAAGCAGGUAUCAACCAAACGAAACAAAACCAACUAGCGAUGUCGCCGGCAGUAGUGACAGCAUUGGCAAUCUUAACAUGCCAUCACCGACAGCUUCGUCGUUGACACCUGUUCUUGUCUUUAGUACGUUUGUUGCUGUCUGUGGCUCUUUCUGUUAUGGCUGUGCUGUUGGUUAUUCAUCACCUGCAGAGACUGGGAUAAUAGAAGACUUGGGUCUCUCUGUGGCAGCAUACUCGGUUUUCGGUUCAAUAAUGACAGUUGGAGGAAUGGUAGGUGCAAUUUUCAGUGGGAAGAUAGCAGAUCUUAUUGGUCGGAGACACACAAUGUGGUUGUCUGAAGUAUUCUGCACUGCUGGGUGGCUUUCAAUAACAUUUGCAAAGAGUGCUUUAUGGCUGGACAUUGGAAGGCUGUCAAUUGGCUUUGGAGCUGCGAUGAUUUGUUAUGUGGUACCUGUUUACAUAGCAGAAAUAACACCUAAAAGUUACCGGGGUUCGUUUGUAUCGGCAAAUCAGUUGAUGACUACUUCUGGAUUUGCACUUGUAUAUUUCAUUGGAACCUUGAUUUCUUGGCGUGUCCUGGCCAUGAUCAGUGCUAUUCCCUCUGUAGUGCAGAUAAUAGGCUUGUUUUUCAUUCCGGAGUCCCCUAGAUGGCUGGCAAAAUUUGGUCGAGAAAAAGAGUUCGAAGCUGCUUUGAAGCGUCUUAGGGGAGAGGACACAGAUAUUUCUGAAGAAGCAGCUUAUAUCAGAGAUUAUAUGGAAACUCUUGAGCAACAGACAGAAGCUAGUUUCCUGGAAUUGUUCCAGAGGAGAUAUGCUAAUUCACUCAUUGUUGGAGUUGGCCUAAUGCUAUUGCAACAACUCGGAGGAAACAGUGCUAUGGCAUAUUAUGCUAGCAACAUAUUUGAAGAAGCUGGUGUAUCAAGUACCAUUGGCCUGCAAGUCUCAUCUAUUAUACAGAUUCCAGUAGCUGUAGUAGGUUUGCUUUUAAUGGAUAGAUCUGGUAGAAGACCACUUCUACUGGUCUCUGCAAGUGGCAUGUGCUUCUCCACCUUCCUUGUAGCACUCUCAUUCUGCUUUAAGGAAUUCCCCCAUCUGAAGGCUCUUACUCCCAUCCUAGCACUCACCGGCUCUUUGGCCUGUGCUACAGCUUUCACAAUAGGCUUGGGAGGAAUACCGUGGAUUAUAAUGUCUGAGAUAUUUCCCAUAAAUGUUAAAGCCCAAGCUGGAAGCCUGGUGACUUUAGUCAAUUGGUCCACUUCUUGGAUUACUACUUACACAUUCAAUUUUAUGAUGGAAUGGAGCUCAGCAGGAACAUUUUUCUUUUUCUCUGGAGUUGGGGGCUUAACUGUUGUAUUCGUCGCCAUGCUGGUUCCAGAGACAAAGGGGAGAGCACUGGAGGAAAUACAAACAUCACUCACUCCUUUUCUGUAAUAAGAUAUUUUGCUCUUGGCAUCAUCAAUGGACCAAUACCUAAAAACGAUAUAGUUUAUUUUUCUUAUAUCUUACAU